AUGGCGGAUGAGUCUGUUAUCAUCAAAAAGAGCAAGAGUGGGAAGUCAUUGAGAGAUGAUGAAGAUCUUCAAGAAGAAGAAGUGUGGGCUGUUAUGAAGGAGAGAGAAGAAACAAGCCUGAAAAUGAGAACAGCCAAAGAUUCAUCUGGUUCUUCAUCAUCUGCAUGGCGGUUCCCUUCUGUUCCAAGAGCAAUCCAAAGGUCUAACAAUGGCGGUCGUGAGGCCCAUGUGCAACCUCAGCAACUAUCUGCCCAUAUGAACAUUCCUGACUGGGCAAAGAUUUAUAAGAAGAAAUCCAAGGGUUUAAGGGAUGAUUCAUGUGGUGAUGAAGAUGGUGCAAUCAAUGAUGUUGUCAAUGUUGAUGAAUGUGUUGAUGAUGUUGAGAAUGAUGAUGAUGAUGGUGAUGAAGAAAUGGUCCCUCCACAUGAAUACAUUGCUAGGAAGUUUGCCAGGACUCAGAUUGCUUCUUUCUCAAUGUGUGAAGGGGUUGGAAGGACACUUAAAGGAAGAGACCUUAGCAAAUUGAGGAAUGCCAUUUUAACCAAGACUGGUUACCUAGAAAAUGAUCGCCUCCAUCACCCUCACUAG